UUUCCCGCAGGACUUAAUUACCUUCUCUCUUUACAGCUUUUAAUAACACAACAAUGUCGGACGUCGCUGCCCUGGAGGCAGAAGUCAAGGAGUUCAAGCUCCAGCUUGAAACCGUCCAAUCGAGUUUGCAGGUAGACCCAGACAAUACAGAAUUGCAGAGUCUCAAAACUGAGCUGGAAGAACUUAUAAACCUCACCGAAACAUCCAUUGCCGAACUCAAACCUCCCGCGCCUCCCGUGUCCCAGCCGCCGGCGUCCGCGGCCAAGGACAACCGGGCCAAGGAUUCUUACGCAUCUCAGCCAACAUACCGCAAACCGACGGUUGAACAAACGGACGAACCGUCAAUUCAGACCUCCUUUUCCGUCAACGAGCACGUUCUCGCCCGGUGGGUGUCGGGCGACAACUCGUUCUACCCAGCGCGUAUCACCUCCAUCACCGGCUCUGCGAGCAACCCCGUGUAUCUCGUCUCAUUCAAGUCCUAUGGGACGGUGGAAAAUCUAACCUCCAAAGACAUCAGGCCCAUCUCCGGCAAUGACUCGCGAAAGCGCAAGGCUGAUGCAAGCUCAGGCAACUCCUCAUCACAAUCUCCGGCGCCGCCGCCGCCCCACUCAAGCGUGAUCUCCGCCGCCGCGGACAUUAAUCCCGCGUUGGCAAACCAGGCGCGUAAAGAGCCGAGUAAGGUGAGCGAUGGGCCGGCGCGCCCGGCCAAGGUGCCCCGGAAGGUGAAGGCUACGCGGGAGCUCGAGGCGGGCAAGAUGAAGUGGAAGGAUUUUGCCAGCAAGGGUAAAUUGGGUCGCAAGGAGAGCAUGUUCCGCACGGGCGAUGGAGUAAAUGCCCGAGUGGGCUUUACUGGCUCUGGCCAGCAGAUGCGCAAAGACCCUGGACGUUCACGACACGUCUACCAGCAGGGUGAAGAGGAAGGCUACUAGCAGGACUAAUGAUGGAUGGGCUUCACUUUGUUAUUCUUCUGUCCCUACCGUGUGUCACAUCGCUAACGGGCUAUGGUGUCAGAUCUAGUGAAGCGAGCCAGUCGUACAUACUAUAAAAAUUUGAUAUCCAGACGCAUCAUCGUUAAUGAUGUGAUGCGACAUUGUAGUAAU